UCAUGGAUGUAAGUAAGUGUGCGAUGAAGAUGAUAUUUCUGCGUCCGACUGGCUGUUGUUGUUUUUUCGGUUGUGUUUAUUGGAAGUGCCGCAAAGAAUUAUGCGAGCAACUACAGCAGGCUCAAGCGGUCAUCGCGUUACUGCUCCAUUUCGGCGCUGAUGUGAACGCUCGAAGACAGGUACGUGGUACAACGUGAGCGGGAAGCGGGAUCUACAACGUAGUAUCUAGAAGAAUGGGACCAUCUUCCGCCGCCGCGAAGCAAAUGCUGACCAGCAGGAGGGCAAGACGGCGUUGCACUGCUCCACCAGCGACGACGCGUACGAAGUGGCCAAGUUGCUGCUGGAUUCCGGCGCGAACGUAAACACACAGGACGAGGUGCGUCGUUUUGCAGCGAUGGACAGGGUAUUUUCGAAUGGAUGUGCUACUGUAUCCGCUGGCACUGCGACUCAUCGUCUUGAUCUCUCUGCUGCUACUACUGCUGCCGUAGACCGGCAAGACGCCGCUGCACUACUGCGUCCAAGAAGGCGGACUGCUCGUGACGGACUUGCUGCUGGCUCGCGGCGCGGAUAUCAAUCUGGAGGACUCCGACGGCAGCACUCCCGUCAAGCGCGUGCUACAGCGCGCCGACCUGAAUGUGCUGCAGCUGUUCCUCAACCACCACCAGCUAGUCGCCACGCCACAGGGGGAAGCCUUCUCUGCGUCGGUGCUGUUCCAGGCUGUGGACUGCGAAGUGGAGGAGGUGGUGCGCUAUAUCGUGGACAACGAGUAUGCUUCCGUAACGGCGCGCAACGCGGCGGGUGAGACGCCUCUGCACCGAGCCAUUGUGCAGCGCAGCCCGUCCGUCAUGGAGCUGCUGGCUGAUCUGGAUCCUGAGGGGGAUAGCCUGACGGCGGUAACUGCGAAGAUGGAGAUGCCGGCUCACUACGCGGCCCAUUACGGUUCUGCUCGAGAAGUGGAGACGUUAUUGCUGUGUUUGACAAGAGCACUCGGUGAUCUAGAGGAGCUCGUGGAACUUGGCGCGGCGAACCCUCUCAACGUUGGUGACGGGAGCGACAGGACGAGCCUGUACAUCACGGGCACAGCUUCGAUUUUGACCGAGGAUGGGGGUUUCGAACGCAGUAUUGGAGAUCGUGACGAAAAAGUGCGACUGCUGUUGGAUCAUGGAGGUCAAGUGUUCCCUUUAUCCAUUUUGACGCAGACAUUGACGGCUACUGGUUCGCGGAUCGUCCUCUUGACGCCUGAAAUUAAGCUUUGCAUGGAGAUGUGGUUGCUGGAGAUUGGCCGAGGACUGGAAAAUUACCCCGUUGGGCCUCAUGAUGAAGAAAAUUGUGAAUCAGAAGCGUCGACGGAGUUUUUCGUGCACUGGGCUGCAAAUGCUGUUGUCGACGGUGGAGUUUCGAUGAUGAUUCUUAUGGUUAUGGUGAACGCGGGUUAUGGAUACGAUGUGCUGCCCCUGCUGCUGGAUUUGCCGUUGUGUCCUGGAGGAUUUAGCGAGUUUUUGCGUCGAUUGGCAAAGUUGGCUAGACAUGGGUCUCGGUCUUCUCUUCUACUUCAACUGCAUGAUGAGCUACGCGCAGCUUGGGAGGCGACUGCUGAGGUGUUUGUGCGGAGGAAAAGUUGAAGUGAUCGCUGACAAACUAUUCGGUAAUAUGAUACCCAGAUCACGAUUGUGACAACGUUGACCUGGAAAGUGAUGAGAUUGUUUGCUUGGCUCUCCUAACCUGCAGCCAACCAAUUGUAGUUCGAGUUCACCAAGUCCUCCAUGGACUGCUGUGCACCUCUGGAGCUGUGUUGCAUGCUUGAAGGAACCUGGUUUGCUUUGUGUGCUAAAGAACGCGGCCGAGCGGUACAUCUAUUAUGAUGUAAGAUAUUAUACCUUCUUACGAAAUGGGACAACUUUCCUGGGGUUCUUGAACGACACGCCAUGCAAUACGACCGUCGACACUUGAGCCCAAACCUGGGUGGGAAUAGUGCGCUGCGCCAUGAAUUCACGGCUAUCUUUUUGUCCUUGUGGGAACAACGGUAGGGUGACGGGCGACGUUGAAUUCUUGUCCAUACAAUCUGUCGUCUGGCACGGUCCAGGUCUACUGUACACACCAGUGGUUGCGCGCGUUCCGACAAUGUCCGACAAACUACAUGCACAGUCCGCGGUUGCGUCAGCAGCCCCCAACGCAAAAAGCUUCAAGAUCCCCCAGCUAGAAGCUACGUGUAUGUAGUGCAAGCCCAAGACUGUUGGUAGGCUUUUGGCGCUCCUUGCGGCGACCCCGAGCGAUUCACGACCGACUACGCGUUGCCAGCGCCUCCAAAAUCCCAUCCCUGCUGUUUACGUGCACAUUCUAGUGAAAUCUGGUGCAACUUUGUACACUCUGCCUGAGUCAGAAGUCAGGCUGUCUGACCUCUUACGUGUGUAUUGUUGAAGCGCAUGUCGGUCAGAGCAGAGCGCUCAUAUGGUCGACAUAGCCAAUGAAUGGCAGCGUGAAGCAUACAUUACAUGCAGUGUUCCUAGCUACUGGAUGGAGCUAUCACUCGGUAGGUUUCCUG